UACAGUGUUGUAUUAGUACCCGUACUGCAGUAGUGUUGUAUUAGUACCCGUACUGCAGUACAGUGUUGUAUUAGUACUUUUACUGCAGUACAGUGUUGUAUUAGUACCCGUACUGCAGUACAGUGUUGUAUUAGUACCCGUACUGCAGUAGUGUUGUAUUAGUACCCGUUACUGCAGUACAGUGUUGUAUUAGUACUGAUACCAACGCCGCCCUUUGAACCGCCGCCUCGCGCUCUGGUUAUGGCGGGAAUCCAGCAGAAAGUCGGCGGCGCUAGCUGGGUUAGCAUUGUUGGGUUAGCAUUGCUGCGUCAGUUUGUGUUUAACCAGCUGAGUCUAGCCUCAUUCAGAAAGUAACAAGUGUCUCAAAGCCAGAAUAGGGUCCGUUUGAUUUAAAGAAUUGACUAAAAUUAAGUUGUGUCCGUCUGUUAAUGACAAUUUGUUGCCAGUCGUAGCUUUAUAGCUAGAUCCAUUAGCAGCUAACGCUAAGCUAACAUUAGCAGUUAGCUGGGUAACAUUAGGCGCCAUUAGCAGAGUCCAGGUUGUGUUGGUUGGAAGAAUGGCAACAGCCAGAAGACAGAUGAAGAAAAAACACCCAGAAGAAAAAUCAGAUAAAAAAGUGUUUGAUUUUACUCAAGAGGAUGAGAAGAAGGAGCUGAGCGGUUCAGAGGACGACGCUAGAGACCAUGAAACUCCGAUAGUGGACAAGUUGGCCAAGAAGAGACCCGCAGCGGACUUUGAAGAGGAGGCGACCUGUGCAGUCGGUGUCGGGAAUGAGGUACAGUCCAUGCUGGAGAAAUUCGGAGCUGAUAUCAGCAAGGUGAUGCAGGCCAAGAAGAAACGCCUGGAGUGUCUGACAAAGAACUACAUGAAGGGAAGCCAGCACAAACUGGAGCAGCUGUGGAACAACUAUCACGGCCAGAGGCAGAAGUUGAGUCAGCAGUACUCGCAGCAGGUGUCCUCGGCGCUGCAGCAGUGGGAGGCUGAAGCCCAGCGAGCUGAGGAGCAGGAGGAGAAGCUCAACAAUCUGUUCAGACAGCAGCAGAAGAUCCUGCAGCAGGCCCGCGUGGUGCAGAACCAGAAGCUGAAGACUGUCCGAGAGCUGUACGAGCAGUUUGUAAAGAACAUGGAGGACAUGGAGAACAGCCACGAGGCUUUCCUGCAGGGAGCGCAGCAGGAGCUGAGGAAGGAGAUGGCCACCCUGCAGAAGAAGAUCCUCAUGGACACGCAACAGCAGGAGAUGGCCACAGUCCGCAAAUCGCUGCAGUCCAUGUUGUUCUAGCCUGCUGUUACCACGGCGACGGAGCCAGUUCCUACUUUAAGGGUGCGUUCUAGGUUGGUGUCGUUACCAUGGUUACUGUAGUUGUGUUCUGUAGCGUUGUCACGGUUACGUACUGUACCUUCUGUAAACCGUAUUUACAGAGUUACGUUGGCGUGGCGACUGUGUUCUCUGCUCUGUUACAGUAACGGUUUGUACUUGUUUAAUAAAAACACUGAUGAAUCGUUUAA